AUGGAAGACUCUCAAUCUUGGUACGAGCGUGUCGACGAACUGGCUGCCCAAGGCCUCCUGGCUCCCGAUGCCGUAUUAAACGCCCUCACCCGGAUGAUUGAACGGGAUGUGCUAGAUGAAGAAACAGAGCUGCUGUAUCUUCGCAAGGCAUUGAACUCUUUUGGUACUGAGGAAAGUGGCACCAAAAGGCUCACCCGGUCCGCAUUCCUGUCCUUCCUUGAGUCCUCUGGCUUUCUUCCACCGUCAAUGAGAGAUGCAGGCGCCCUUGUGUACCGCAGUCUUCUAUACCUAUCUCAAUAUCCAUUCUAUCGAUCAAUCCCUGAGGCUCUCACCUACGACGAUCUGGUCCGUGCGCUGGCAUGGAUCAUGCCUGAGAGAUCAAGGCGUAUCUACGAUGAAAGUUAUGACACUCGGUCCAGGUCACCUGCUGAUUUUCGAAGGCAGCUGUUCCAGAGCUUUGCAACAACCCAGAAUGCUGAGUCUGUUGUUUUUGAUCCAGAGGAUGCAAGGAAGCGGGCUGAGCGAAGAGCUUUUGAUUUCACUGGUGCUGAUCGCCCAGACACUCGCCGUUUUGCUGCUACGAAUUAUGAUGAUGACGGUGAUGAAAUGUUCCAUGACAUUCUUGAUGUGCUGUAUGGUACCCAGCCCAAGGAGAUUGGGUGGAGGGCGCCUCCCCGGGAUUCCUUCCGGCCGAUAGCAAGGGAACUUGCAGGGGACAGAUGCGUCCAUGUCCAUCGUCUCAGCAUCCCUCAGGAUGAGUUUCGACCUGUUGUGAAGCUGCUUGUGACUACUUACUUUGGAAAGCCCAGAGUUGCAGUCGAGCAGCUGGUUGACUUGGACCAUGUUGUAGACUGUAUUACUCGGCCUGUCAUUCAGAGGCCUGACAUGGGCAUUACCUGGGACAUGUUUGAGCAGGCUGCAGGUAAUGGGAUGCCAAUGCUUAUGAGAGGUCUUCAACGUUUCUUGGGGCCACUCUAUAGAGACCCCAAGGAUGAAAAUAUCACAAUUGAUCCCCUACAGCCAGGCAAGGUUGCCACUUGGCCUGUUCUGGCACAGUUGGGCUCUCUUGGAAUCUUCUCACCCAUAUUUCCCUACGUUCACCAACACAAGCAUUACAAUGUUAUGACCACAUCUGUGUAA